AAAUAACCCAGAACCCAAACCAACCUGAGGAAACCACAGAACUCGACCCAGAAGCCAAACACACAAACCUGAAGCCAAAAAGCCAGACGAGACACAGAAAUGGCGGCCAUCUCCUCCACCGCCUACUUCUCCUCGCAGCCGCAGCUGCCCGGCUCCACCGCCAACCCUGCCAGCAGCGGCCGGCAGCAGCGGAGGCGGCGGACCGGCGGCAGCUGCGUCAUGCUCGAGGCGGCGGCUGCGUCCGGCGCGGUGGUGGGGAGGACGAGGAGCCUGACGGAGGAGGACCUGGAGGAGCUCAAGGGCUGCCUCGACCUCGGCUUCGGGUUCUCCUACCACGAGAUCCCUGGGCUCUGCGGGACGCUGCCCGGGCUCGAGCUCUGCUACUCCAUGACGCGGAGGUUCCUCGACGAGCAGAGGGCGUCAGCGGGGCCGCAGGAGCCGGCGACGCCGCCCAUCCCGAACUGGAGGAUCUCCGGCCCUGGUGAUGAUCCAGAGGAGGUGAAAGCUCGGCUCAAGUACUGGGCUCAGACAGUGGCAUGCACAGUCAAACUCUGCAGCUAAUGGAAGCUGGGACUAGGGGAGUCUGCCGGUUCAUCUCCUGAUAUGCACGCCUACAGCGCAGGCCUGACCUGAAGGUGUACGGAGAUGAAGAAUCCGCUUAUAAGGCUUUGCCUCCGCUUAGUGUCAUCGACAACAAAACCCGUCAAUGCUUUUGUUGCAAAAGUUCAGAAAGGGAGAUGGGGGAGAGGACUCGUGACACCUCCCUCUGGACUGCAAGAGAUCUCGAGGCCGUCAGUGGCUGGCUGGCCGAAGCUUUUCUGAAAGCAUCAGGUGCUCGUCGCUCCUCAUUGGGGUGUCUCUGCAUGACUGCAUGGUGCAGACUUCUGCAUCCUGCUGCUCACGAAGCGCGCGGGUUGCUCCAUUUGCCGUGCUGCUCCCCGGAUGGAGAUUCGGCUGCUAAUCCAUGGCUGAAUUAGCCGGAUCAGCUAGCUCCAGUGUGGCUUUGUACUCCUAAUUUCUCCCUUUUUAGCUUCGCUUUGUUGCCGAACGGUGACCAUUGUAGUACUAGUACGUAACGGAGCAGGAUCUGUAGAUGCUGCUGUACCGCAGAAAAGGGUGCAGGUGCAGCAGCAAGCAAACAGUGUGCUCUGAAAACAGUUCAGUUCGUAUGAUGUUGCUCCAACUCCAACAGUAUCCGCUUGUUCCCAUGUGUUUCCCUGCAAUUUGCAUUUGAAACC